UUAUAUGAUUGUCUCCAUAUGCAGCUAUAACGCCGAGCUGCACAACCCUCGCAACCCCUCCGCACUUAAACAGCCUCCCCACAGCCUUCCUUCCUCCGCACUCCGCCUCCUCCGAAGACCGUCUUCUCUUCUCCUCCGCUUCCCAACUUCCUCGACCUGUCCUCCUUCUUCUCUUCUUCUCUGACUCUCCCGACAUGGGCAACUCCGCCGGCAAAGAGUCCCGUGCCGGCGACCCGCUAUACGACGCCCCGCCCGCGCUCGGCGCCGCUGCCGCUGCUGGUGGCUCGGCUUCCUCGCCUUCGACCUCUUCCUCCCGUAGAUACUCCCGCCACCGCCAGUCCUCGUCGGCCUCGGGUUCUGGACUUGCGGCGACGAGGUCGGCGGUGCGGCAUGCGCUGAAUAUCGAGGAGACCGUUGAUGGUGGGUAUUUAGUUCCGCAGGGCGUAUACUCCGGCACACCGGAUUUCAAAGCUCGUGUGGUUAGACAGUUGAUGAUCGAGCGACGGCUGGCCCCGUUCUUCAAAGGACUGGAAGACUACGACGAUUCCUGGACCGACACACAACUACUCGCCGCCAUCCGCCACCAGCCCAUCCCCGCAGCCGAGCCCGAGCCCUCGGUGGUGUCGACGUCGGUCGACAGCACGAUCAGCCACCCCUACUCGUCCCGGUCGCGAUCAGAGUCCAACGCGUCGUCGGCAUCGACCUCCUCGCAGCAGCACUACCAGCGGAUCCCCAGCGGCCGUGCGCGCUCGGGCACGACCUCCUCCACGGGCUCGAACUCGGGCGUGGACAAAAAGGGCGCGCUGGCGACGGCGCUGUACCGCAACUCGAUCGAGUGCCCGAUCUGCUUUCUGUACUAUCCGCCGUUUCUCAACUCGACGCGGUGCUGCGACCAGCCGAUCUGCUCGGAGUGCUUUGUGCAGAUCAAGCGGUCGGAACCGCAUGUGCCCGAGCACGAGACGCCUGCUGCGCCGGGGUCGCCGGAGCAUGUUACGCCGUUUGGGAUGGUCGAGCUGAUUUCGGAGUGCGCGUGCUGUCCGUACUGCACCGAGCCUGACUUUGGCGUGACGUACACGCCACCGCCGUUCCGCAGCGGCCUGGGGGCGUCGCAGUCGGCGGGGUCGGUCCUGCGCGCGACGCUCUCGCGGCACUCGUCUGCGGCGGGCUCGUCUGUCUCUGUCGGAUCGGCGGGGUCGACGAUGUCUAGCAGCAGCACGACCACACCAACUACAGGACGGCAGCGCCGGCCGACGAUCGCGUCGACGGCGGCGGAGGUGGUGACGACGGAUCGGAUCCGGCCUGAUUGGCAGCUGAAGCUUGCGAACGCGAACGCGCACGCGGCGAGACGGGCGGCGGCGGCGACGGCGUUGCAUUCUGCGGCGUUUUUGCUGGAUAGUAAUGGGAAUAGCGCGGGAGGGGUGGGCGCGGUGGGAGGAGCGGCGAGGAGCGGAGCGCAUGCGGGUGAGGCUUCUGGAAGUGGGCGGAGACAUCGACAUCAUCGGGUGCCACGGCCGUCGGGGUUGGAUUUGUUGAUUUCGGGGAUGCAUGGGCAUGGACACAGUAACAACAACAGUAACAACAAUAACAGCAACAACAGCAACAACAACAACAGCAACAGCAACAACAGCAGCAGCAUCACGAUUCUGAGUAGUAGUGGAAGCAGCAGCAAUUCAAGCAGCAGUACGAAUCUGUCGAUGGCGCAAGGGCACAGUCCUACACGCCGAGUAUCGUCGUUAUUAUCAGGCAGCAGCGCGCGCUCGCCGUCGCAGCGGUCGCGGAGGAUGGUUGAUCUGGAGGAGAUGAUGGUGAUGGAAGCGAUCAGGAUCUCGUUGAUCGAAGACGAGCAGCGGCGGGAGCAGGAGCGGGACGCGGUCGAGCGCGGGGCGGCGGAGCAUUUACGACGGAGGUUGUCGGCUACGAGCACGACGUCUUCGAACGGGGGGAGCGUGAGCGCGUCGUCGCCUGCGCUGCCGGUGCAGGAGGAGGAGGAGGAGGAGGAGGAUGGUAGUGAGCAGCCGCCAAGGCGAGCGGUUGCGGAAGAGGAGGAGAAUAAGCAGGGGACCACGACUGCGUCGGCCGAGCGGGCGACGGUGUCUGCUGUUUAAUUGAUUUAUCAUGUUGAUUUAUCAUGUGAUUUAUCAUGUGAGUUAUCAUUGUUUGAGUGGAAGGAAUGGAGUGUUUGCGAGUCUUUC